CGAAUUGUCAAAAUUGACGUCUUACGGAUUACUCAUGCAAUUUACAAAUAAUUGCAUUAAAUAUUAUAGUUAGACGACGUAUUUCAAACGGUAUCAUUUAAAUAAUAAGAUCAUGAACAGAUUAUUCGGAAAAGGAAAACCUAAAGAGCCUGGUCCAAGCAUUGCUGAUUGCAUUACUGGGGUGGAUCAAAGAGCUGAAUCAGUGGAAAAGAAGAUUGCAACGCUUGAGAAUGACCUGAGAAAGUUUAGGGAUCAAAUGUCUAAGAUGAGGGAAGGCCCAGGUAAAAACGCUGUUAAAGCGAAAGCAAUGCGAAUAUUAAAGCAGAAAAAGAUGUAUGAAAACCAAUUGGACAAUUUAAGAGGUCAAUCGUUUAACAUGGAACAAGCCAACUAUGCCCAUCAAGCUCUUAAGGAUACCCAUACAACAGUUGUAGCAAUGAAAGAUGGCAUGAAGCAAAUGAAAAAGGAAUUCAAGAAAAUCAACAUUGAUGAUAUUGAUGAUGUUCAAGAUGAGAUGGCUGAUUUGAUGGAACAAGCCGAUGAAGUACAAGAGGCUCUUGGCAGAACUUAUAACACACCUGAACUUGAUGAUGAUGAGCUGGCAGCUGAAUUGGAUGCCUUGGGUGAUGAGAUGGCUUUAGAUGAUGAUCAGAGUUAUCUUGAUGAUGUUUUAAAGGCUCCAGAAGUGCCCAGCAGCAACAAACCAGAUGCCAAUAAAGACAAAACCAACAAGGAUGGAGUUGAAGUAGAUGAGUUUGGCUUGCCUCAAAUACCAUCCCAGUCACACCACUAACAUAAAAGUCAAAUGUCCAUUUGGUGGGUAAUUAAGAUUUCAUAAAUAAAAUGUAUAUGCUUUAUUUUGUAUAAAUACACAGCUUUUUAGAGUUGUAAAAUAAACUUUAAUCACUUUAAAUAUAAGUAUAAAAAUCAAGAAACUGGCAAUUAUGUAACACAAUACAGCAUAAAUUAUAUUCUCAGUUAAGUAUUUUAUAUGUUUAAAGUUUGUUCUUUUUUUAAUAUAACUGUGAUUGUUUUGUAUAGAAAAAUAA